ACGCUCGAUAGCUAGAACAACAACAACAGCUGCCAAUUCCAGUGUGAAUGUAAGAUCAAGAUUUCUAACAUAUUCUGUAAUUGUUCCUUAGGUUAACAUUAGUAGUGGGAUUAUUUGUCCACGUCCACCAGAUCGUGUGUAAACAAUAUCCAUUUGAGCUAACGUUAGUUAGCUUGCUUACUAAGUUACCCAUUAAAACGGCUAGCCAAGCUAACUAGCUAUCUGUCAUACCGAGCAACCAUCCAUGUCUGAACCCAAGUCCCCGGGUUCUUACUGUGGUGUUCCAGCACAGAUAAGCUCACAGUGGGGUCCAGAGAUGGUCUUAGUGAAGCUGGAGGACUGUAGUCAACCAUUGGAACUCAAUGUGAUAGUCAAAGAGGAGAGAGAAGUCAAAAAAGAGGUAGAGAUUAAAGAGGAGGGGAUGGCCCUCAAAGAGGAGGAGGAGGAGGAGGAGAUGGCCCUCAAAGAGGAGGAGGAGGCGGAGAUGGCCCUCAAAGAGGAGGCGGAGGCGGAGAUGGCCCUCAAAGAGGAGGGGGAGGCGGAGAUGGCCCUCAAAGAGGAGGCGGAGGCGGAGAUGGCCCUCAAAGAGGAGGCGGAGGCGGAGAUGGCCCUCAAAGAGGAGGCGGAGGCGGAGAUGGCCCUCAAAGAGGAGGCAGAGGCGGAGAUGGCCCUCAAAGAGGAGGCGGAGGCGGAGAUGGCCCUCAAAGAGGAGGCGGAGGCGGAGAUGGCCCUCAAAGAGGAGGCGGAGGCGGAGAUGGCCCUCAAAGAGGAGGCGGAGGCGGAGAUGGCCCUCAAAGAGGAGGCGGAGGAGGAGAUGGCCCUCAAAGAGGAGGAGGAGGCGGAGAUGGCCCUCAAAGAGGAGGAGGAGGCGGAGAUGGCCCUCAAAGAGGAGGAGGAGGCGGAGAUGGCCCUCAAAGAGGAGGAGGCGGAGGCGGCGGAGAGAGCAUUCAAAAAUGAGGCGGAGGAGAGCGCAUUCAAAGAGGAGGCGGAGGAGAGAGCAGUCACAGAAGUGGAGAACAGGGAAGAGGAGGACGAAGUAGAUGGUAACACUGACCCAGGAGAGAUCUCCAACCCAGGUUCAGACAGUGAGCCCAGUUCCACAGCAUCAGGAAACCAUAAACAACACAGACGGAGGAACUCAAGACAGAAACAUCACCACUGCAUGGACUGCUUCACUAGUUUCUAUGAGCCAGAGGAGUUGAGAAGGCACACUUGUAGGCCCCGCUCCUGUUCAGAUUGCAGUGGCAGCUUUAUUUGCCCAACUCACCUCAAAUCAAAACAGACUCAAAAAAGGAGGAAGGUGUACCCAUGUGGUCAAUGUGGGAAGAGAUUUCAAACACCAAGCAAACUAAAGACGCACCAGAGAACUCACACAGGAGAGAAGCCAUACCAAUGCACUGUUUGUGGGAAGGGUUUCAGUCAGUCGAACCAACUAAAGACACACCAGAGAACUCACACAGGACAGAAGCCUUACCACUGCUCUCAGUGUGGAAAGAGUUUCAGUUGGUUACACAGCCUGAAGACACACCAGAUAACUCACACAGGGGAGAAGCCUUGCCAUUGCUCGCAGUGUGGAAAGCGUUUCAGUCUGGUAGGAAACCUAAAGAGACACCAGCUAACCCACACAGUAGAGAAGCCUUACCUCUGCUCUCAUUGUGGGAAGAGUUUCAGUCAGUUACACCAUCUAAAGACACACCAGUUAAUUCACACAGGAGAGAAACCAUAUCACUGCUCUCAAUGUGGGAAGAGUUUCAGUCAUCCAAAAGACUUAAAGUCACACCAGAGAACUCACACAGGAGAGAAGCCAUUCCACUGCUCCCAAUGUGGAAAGAGUUUCAGUCAGUUAUCAACUCUGAAAAAACACCAGCUAACUCACACAGGAGAGAAGCCUUACCACUGCUCUCAAUGUGGGAAGUGUUUCACCAGGUUAUAUCAACUGAAGGCACACCAGAUAACGCACACAGAAGAAAAACCUUACCACUGCUCUCAAUGUGGCGAUAGUUUCACCAGUUCAUAUUUCCUAAAGAAACACCAGCUAAUUCACACGGGAGAAAAGCCAUUCCACUGCUCCCAGUGUGGGAAGAAUUUCAGUCAUUCAUCAACUUUGAAGACACAUCAGAUAACUCACACAGGAGAGAAGCCUCACCGCUGCUCUCAGUGUGGGAAGAGUUUUGGUCAUUCAUCAACUCUCAAGACACAUCAGAUAACUCACACAGGAGAGAAGCCUCACCGCUGCUCUCAGUGUGGGAAGAGUUUCAGCCAGUCAUCAACUUUGAAGAAACAUCAGAGAACUCACUCAGGAGGAAAGCUGUGUCAUCAGAGCUGAAGACACUAGCUUAUUGACAUAGGGAAGAAGCCUAAACUCUGCUGUCAAUAUGGGUAUAGUUUCACCAGUUUAUAUUAAUAAAAUAUAACACCAACUAAUUAUGACUAACAAUAACUUAACUGGUUACUUAAAGGGGGAAAAAACUUGCAAAGGAGUGUGGAACAUGAUGUCUGUGUGGAAAGCUUCAGUCAGGCAUCAAAUUUGAAGACACACCAUUUAACUCGCACAGUAGAGAAGCCUUACUGUGUUCUGGAGUUGUUUGAAUAUUGUUUAUUGAAAUUAAGCUGGUAUGUUCACAAUAAGCCAUUAUCAUCAUAUCACUUUUUCAGGAAUCACCAAAAAGUCAGUUUUACAGAAACUGUAUUUAUUUUGUUGAUGCUUAACAGACAUGGCUUGUCAAUGUCAGUAUUUCCACUAUACAGCUGUCUUUUUGGGAAUGCAAUACUUUCUAUACCAGCAGACCUUCAGCAGCCACAACGGACAGUUCGGUGAAGUUGUAUUUGCCAUUGUGGAAUCCAUAGCUAAUAUCUGUCCAUAGAGAAUCCUCAGUAAUCAGACAUCAUAUAUUCUAGUUGGAUUUCUAUAAUCAAUUUUUUUUUUUAAGUUGAAAAAAUUAUAUAAUUUAGUCAGAAAAAAUGUAUGCAACAAAAACUUCUAAUUAGUGGAAUAUAACCAAAAAUGAAGAAACAUAUUGUAUUUCAAUUACUAAGCUCAGUCUCCUGUCUUAGUUUAUUAUGGAAGGUUGAAGGUUCAUUAUUUCUGGUGCUUUACAGAUAGGCUAUACUGUAAGUAAGGCAGUGGCGGUCGGUGCUGUUUAAGAUGAGGAUGAUUAUAAUUUGUAGUUUUUUAUGAGCCUUAUUUCUAUUACAGGAUGAUUUGUUUAUGCCUUUUAGAUGAUAUUGUCAUUCAUAUUCCAUUCACCCAGUUUAAUGUAACAUCGAUAGGUUUAGGCUACUACAUGAUACUCAUUUUCCCUGUACCCAUCAUGAGGUUGCUACAACCUGGCCUAUGAAUUAAAGUUUAAAACAUACAGUUUUACAGUCCCAGUCAAAAGUUUGAACACACCUACUCUUGGCAGUCACUCAACCAGCUUCAGGAUGAAUGCUUUUCCAACUGUCUUGAAGGAGUUCCCACAUAUGCUGAGCACUUGUUGGCUGCUUUUCCUUCACUCUGCGGUCCAACUCAUCCCAAACCAUCUCAAUUGGGUUGAGGUCGGGUGAUUGUGGAGGCCAGGUCAUCUGAUGUAGCAUUGCAACUUUUUGUUUGUUUUGUUGCUAGCUACAAUGGUAUCUUCAACCUAGCCUAGCUUUUAGCUAGCUAGAUGCUCUGCAAUGCUCGCUGUGCCCUGAAUUCCCCAUUUAACCUUUUUCACAUUUUGGUGCCUUUAAAAUUAAAUCUGAAAAAUUAUUCAAUUAGACCAUUUUUCCUACAGAUUUACUCCAUAUUUUCAAAGUGAAAGAAGGUUAUACAAUUUUCCAAAUUAAGAAAAAAAUAUAUAGUAAUUGGAUAAGUCUCCACGCCCCUAAGUUAAUACUUGGUGGAAGCACCUUUGUCAGCCAUUACAGCUGUGAAUCAUUUGGAAUAAGAUUUGACCAAAUUUGCACAACUGUUAGGGCUACAUAUAUCCAUUGUUUUUGUCAAAAUUGCUCAAGCUCAUUACAUUUGGUUGGGAAUCAUUGAUGGAUUGCAGUAUUCAAACCUGAUUUUUCUCAGAUUUUUAUUAAGCAAAUUUAAAUCAAGACUGAGACUAGACGAUUCCAGAACACUUAACACCGCUUGGAAAUCCAUUUUGGUGUGUCUUUGGCAAAAACAUUUGUGUAAUUGUCUGGCUGAAAAGUUGUAUCCUAUCCCAAGGUUUUCAGAAGACUGAGACUGGUUUUCCUCUAACUUUUUACCUUUCAUAUUUCAUUGGAUCCUGACAAACUCCCCACUCCCAGCCAACGGCAAGCAUACCCAUAACAUGAUGCUGCCACCACAAUACUUGAAAAUAGACUGUUUCAGUAUGUGUUGGAUUGGAUUUGACACAACCUUGUAGUUUUUAAUUUAUGCCAAAAGGUUUUGUCUUGCAGUAUUACUUAACAGCCUUGUUGCUAACAGAAUGGGAGUGGAUUCUUUAACACACGCUUCUUCAUUUUCACUUUGUCAUACAGGCCAGUAACAUGGAGUGAAUCAAAUCAAAUUGUAUUGCUCACAUGGUUAACAGAUGUUAAUGCGAGUGUAGUGAAUGCAAUGAUGUUGAUCCCUUUUGGAUUUUUUAAGUAUUGUGGUGGCAGCAUCAUGUUAUGGGUAUGCUUGUCACCGGCAGGGAAGUGAAUUAUCAAUAGGUUCUGAAAGAGGAAACAUUAACAACUUGAGAAAGGAAGGUUAGCUAGAAAGUCACAGUCUGUAUGCCACAUUAUUGUAGCUAUUAGAAAGCUAUUCAUCACGAAACUUGAACAAAAAUUGAUUUAAUCCACAGAUGGGUCCUUUGGAGGAAGGAUUGUUGACAUAUAUUUGACAUUUGUAUCUUAAAGCAUAUUUGAGAAUAACUAAUUGAAGUUGGAACAUUUGAGUAACAGCUGAACGGAACAUGACGAGAGGCGGGGAGUGUGUUGUGCACUUCCAUUCAAGUUGAUUGGCGAAGUUACAUCGACAUUGUUGUCGUAUUGGGUUAGAUGUGAUGGUAGAAAGACUUGAAUUUAGCAUUGAUGAAAUCAAAGUUUAUUUGUCACGUGCGCCGAAUACAACAGGUGUAGACUUUACAGUGAAAUGCUUACUUACAGGCUCUAACCAAUAGUGCAAAAAAGGUAUUAGGUGAACAAUAGGUAGGUAAAGAAAUAAAACAACAGUAAAAAGACAGGCUAUAUACAGUAGCGAGGCUAUAAAAGUAGCAAGGCUACAUACAGACACCGGUUAGUCAGGCUGAUUGAGAUAGUAUGUACAUGUAGAUAUGGUUAAAGUGACUAUGCAUAUAUGAUGAACAGA